AGCGCCCGAUUCGCCACGAGGUAGCCCCGCCGCGGCUCCGGCUCCUCCUCCUCGUCCUCCUCCUCCUCCUGCUGCCCUUCCUCCCGCCGCCCCGGCUGCCCUCGGUCCCGGGCUCCUCGGUCUGGUUUGGGUGAGGGACCCCAGAGCGAAGGCCCCGACGUCUCAGCGCUCCCGCGUUCCCUAGGGCGGGACGGACUGACCCGCAGCGCCGCGCCGGGGAAGCGCCGAGAUGCCCAAGCAGGUAAAUGGCCAAAAAGAAGAUUCCGUCAUCCAGAAUGACUUCAGUGAAUCAUUUGAAGAAGAGGUUAGAGCUUUUCUCAGUGAUGAAGAGAAGCUGCAUCUUUUUGAUGACCUAACAAAAGUUAAUCCAGUGACAAUGACAACAGUUCUGAAAUGUCUUCAAGCAAGAUAUACUGUAAACUUGUUUUAUACAAAUGCUGGCUGCAGCCUGGUGGCUUUAAACCCAUUUCAGCCUAUCUCCUGCCUCUAUUCACCUGAGCUUAUGAGAGAGUACCAUGCUGCAGUUCGCCCCCAGGAUUUGAAACCUCACAUCUUUGCAGUGGCUGAACAAACCUACAGAAAUGUUCAAAGCCAGAUAGACCCCAUAAACCAGUCUAUAAUUGUUAGUGGAGAAAGUGGUGCUGGGAAGACCUGGACAUCUCGCUGCCUUAUGAAAUUUUAUGCUUCUGUUGCUGCUUCAGUUACCUCCCCAAAAGACAAUGAAACUGUGGAAAGGAUAGAGAAGAGAGUGUUGGAUUCCAACCCCGUCAUGGAAGCAUUUGGAAAUGCAUGUACCCUGAGGAAUAAUAACAGUAGCCGUUUUGGAAAAUAUAUCCAGCUUCAGUUAGACAGAUUCCACCAUCUGAGUAGUGCCUCCAUUCAGACUUUCCUUUUGGAGAAGACAAGAGUUGCCUAUCAGGCCCCCAAUGAGAGAAACUUUCAUAUUUUUUAUCAGAUCACAAAAGGUGCCACUGCAGAGGAGAGGCUGGAAUGGAACCUUCCAGAAGGGGCUGACUACCGCUGGCUGCCAAAUUCUGAAAGAAAUUUAGAUGAGGACUGCUUCGAGGUGACCAGGGAUGCAAUGUUUCACUUGGGCAUUGACCACUCCACGCAGAACAAUAUUUUCAAGGUAUUGUCAGGCCUUCUCCAUCUUGGGAAUAUCCAAUUUUCUAAUCCACUGGAUGAAUCUCAGCCUUGUGAACUAGAUGACAAAAUCAAAGAUUUUGUGAAGAUCACUGGAGACUUGUUGAAGAUACCAGUUGAGGAGCUACUGGAAUCGUUACGAAUUCGAACAAUAACUGCUGGAAAGCAACAGCAAGUCUUUAAGAAGCCAUGCUCUAGAGCAGAAUGUGAGACUAGGAGAGACUGCCUCGCCAAAGUGAUCUACGCUAAAUUGUUUGAAUGGCUUGUUUUGGUCAUAAAUGAAAGCAUUUAUGCAGAUACGUCAGCAUGGACCAGCUUCAUAGGUUUGUUGGAUGUUUACGGUUUUGAAGCCUUUCCUGAAAACAACUUGGAACAGCUUUGUAUUAACUAUGCCAAUGAGAAACUGCAGCAGCACUUUGUAGCACACUAUCUGAAAGCACAACAGGAAGAAUAUGCAGCUGAAGGUCUACAGUGGUCUUUCAUAAACUACCAGGACAACCAGAACUGCCUUGAUCUGAUCGAGGGCAAUCCUCUCAGCAUUUUUUCUUUGCUGAAUGAGGAAUGCCGUUUGAAUAGAUCCUCUAACCCUGACCUGUUUCAAACUCGGAUUGAGAAAGCCUUGUCUGAUAAUCAAUGUUUAAGUCGAGACAAAUUUAGCAAGAAGCCUAACUUCAUUAUUUCACAUUAUGCUGGCAAAGUCUGCUAUCAGCUGGAAGCAAUGGUGGAAAAAAACAAGGACCCCAUUCCACCAGAACUCAUCCAUGUUUUGCAGAAUUCUAAGGACCCUUUGCUCCAAAAAUUAUUUCCUGUGACAGAAAGGAACCAAAAUAAUGUCAGAACCCAGAAUAGAGCAGCUGUUGUUACAGUGGUGUCAAAGUUCAAGGGUUCACUUGAAAAUCUCAUGCAAAUCUUGAAUAGCACCAAACCGCAUUAUAUCCGAUGCAUCAAGCCUAAUGCUGACUGCAAGGCACUGACUUUUAAAAGAGAAGAGGUUCUCAGCCAGCUUCAGGCAUGUGGAAUAGUUGAAGCCAUCACCAUCAGCGCAGCAGGCUUCCCUAUUAGGAUCUCUUUUGAAAGUUUCACUGAACGCUAUGAAAUACUGAGAAGAUCACAUGGGUACAAUAAAAACAGCAUGUGUGAUAAAAGCAACUAUCACAUUGCCAAGAAAAAAGGCAAGACUGCAGUGAUAGAUGAUGACAAAGCAUCAUGUUCUGUCAUUUUUGAGAUACUUCAGAAUGCUGUUACAGGACAAACUGCUGCUGAGCCAACUGGGAAGAGAUCAGAUAACACUUCAGUGUACUGCGGCAAAACCAAAGUAUUUAUGGCUAAUUCUGUGCUAGAGCAACUUGAAGCUAAACGAGCAGAGGUGCUAAACGAGAAAGCAUUUUGCAUUCAGUGUUGCUGGAGAAGAUUUAAACAGAAGAAACUUGAGAAGGAGAGAAGGUCUGCAACCCUCAUCCAAGCAGCUAUUCGUUCCUGGUUAGCCAAGAAUCGCUUCCAAAGGAUGCGCAGGGCUGCUAAUGUUAUUAAGCAUUGCUGGAGGAAAUGGAAAGCAGAAAUGGCUGCUUUGGCAGCAGCAGAAUUGGAUGAAGGUGAAGAAAAGCCACCGUUCUCAGUUCCUGGCACUACAACAAUGUCGGCCAAAUCACCUUGCUCUUUGGAAACAACUUGGCCUCUACGUGCAGUAAUUCAGUUCUGGCCUCUUGGCCUCGUCCUGGCUGCUGCGCCUGUUACCGUAGCGGGACUCCGGAGAGACAUGUCCCUGCUGGCAUGCUUGAAAGUACUUCAGGAGAACGACUGCUACAAGACAGAAAGCAGUUUCCUUGGCUGUGGCAUUACUUCCAUUAGAGCUCUCCCACAGGGCUCUGUCAAGUUUCACUGUAAGAAGUCUCCCCUGCAUUACGCAAAUGUCAGCCCCCAUACAGCUGCCUAUUCUAUCACUGGAUUUAACCAGAUUUUAUUGGACAGAAAAGGACUCCUUCCAACCUAAGUUCUGGCCAUCUGCACAUACCGAACCUUUUCAUUCAGGGAAGGACUGCUGCAGGCUGCUGCUUUCAAAUUACUCAACGUCCGUAUCUGCUGCUACCUCAGAGCUUUCUAUAGCAAUGCAUUGUACAUAUAAUAUGCUACAAAUUUAGAAUGCAUGGGGAUACUCCUCCUCCCACACACGCACAUAUUAGAGGAAACAGCACUACGAGAACACUCAACAUAAUUAAACUAGAUCAAGUGCUUUAAGCAGUAUAUACUUGAACAGAAAUCUGGCACUACAGGGGCAGAGCAAGAGGCUGGUAAUGAGAUGGCAAAAAGGCAAACCUUUCUGAUGUGUGCUGGAUUCUCACUGAGAGGCACAGCUAGUCAGACUGAUCGCAAACAUUCCGUAACCUGUGACUGAGGAAGCAGCAGUCAGCUGUAACACUAAAGGCAGAUGUCUCAGGGAAAAGCAACGCUGGACUGUUGCUUUUUAUCUACAGGACCAAAAUAUGUGUGAUCUCACAAGUGCCAUGUAUUCUAGCACUACCUAGCCAUAGCUGAGGGGCCAGAGUUCUCCUUAGGGGUGCCCAUACCAUCUUUUUGUUGCGUACAUGGGUCUUGAAAACAUCCAGCUCUUCUGUGUAGGCCACUUUUAAAUAAAACUCUUAAGUAUCUUGUGAAGGUGUCUGACCAUCCGUAACAAAAGUAACAAAAACCAUUUCAGAACAGUUUGUGGAUUAAGAGAAAUGCUGACAUAUUUAAUUAUAAUUGUAUUGGGAAGCAGCGCUUCCCAUGGUUGACAGGAUUUGUGUACCAAAAGAUUGCAAGUCCACAUAAUAUCAAAUUUACUUCCUAGUAUCUAGAAAACUGUCCAAUGCUGUAUCACUGUUUAUCAACUCUAAAUUAAAAAUUUGAGUCCUGACAUCCAUGAGUGAAGUGUGACCAAACCCAGAGGAAAUACCCAGAAUGGUGCACCAGAGUAGCAGAGGGGUGCAGUAAGAUCUCUUCUGUCGGAG